GAUUAUAACAAAAAUUAGAGUCGGAGGCACUGGCAGCGCUUGCGAGUUGAGUCCUCCGCAAAACACGCGUGCAACGCCAAAAUUAUAGCUGCACCACUGCGUCUGCGAGCGACGCGCUGCAACGCCCUGCAUAAAACAAAACUGAGCGAGCAGCCAGUGGCGCUGCAGCGCGCGGCCGCAGCGAUGCGGAGGCUCAUUCUCCUCCUCGCGGCGACGACGCACGCACUCCUCUUAGACCCGGACACGUCCAACGCGCCCAUCGUGUUUUCGUUGGACGCAUCGCCGAAGCUCGCCGACCACGCGUUCUCGGCCAUCGCCUCGCUGAGCAGCGUGGCCCACGCGUCGAAGAACGCGUCCAGCCUACGCUUCGCGUUCAUCCUGACGGUCCCGCCGAAGACCGUGGAACCGUUCACGCGCGCGCUCUGCGGGGCGAUCAUCGCCGUGGCCGGGAAGAAGAUGCACGUCGGCCACGAGACACCCUUUUGUGCGCGUCGGUCCUUAGCUAAAUUGUUGGGCGACGACAAGAAGUGCGACGUGGCACCGAAGAAGCUGCCGGCGCGCGUCACGUUCAUCCACUUUCCCCAGGAGGACGACGGCUAUCCGCCUCGAGUCCGUCGAGUAUUGGAGCUCUUCUGCUGCGCCCAGCGGCGCUGGAAGGGCCAGCGGCCGGAACUCGCGACGUCGCUGGGCAACCACGCGCGCUUCUUCGCGUACCUAGCACUGCUGCCCCUGGGCGCGCGCCGAGCGGUCUUCCUCGACGCCGAUACGUUAGCACAUGAUGACCUCACGGAUCUCAUAGAGGCACCUUUAACAAAUGACAAGUUCGUCGCGGCCGCGAGGCGGUGCGCGCCCGGCAAGGCGGCCUACAAGCCUCGCUUUCGCUUCCGCGACCCGCUGGUCCAGGAGCUCGGUUUGAGAAAUGUAAGACAGCACGUCAACGCCGGCGUGUUGGUGAUGGACCUCCAAGCUUACUGUGAGGCGGACAUUGUGGAAAAACUAGAUAGAGUGUUGGUCAGACACAUCACGGGGUCGCCGCUCUGGCACCAGGGCAACAACCAGCCGCCCUUCACGAUCGCCGCGGCGGCGCACACGUUGUUUGUCCACCCGUCGUGGAACGUGCGGCCGGGCGACGCGCGCGGCCAGUCCCAAAUAAGAAGAAAGCGGGGCCAGAAGUCGCAAUCCCUCAGCGCGGAGACGGUGAAGGAGCAGUGCGCGUCCAUGAUGCGGACGGCGCCGCGGAUCCUCCACGCGCACUUCCGGCCGUGCGACGCGCUGCCUCCCAAAAUGUGCAUGGAGACGCCCCGCGAGCGGCGGGACCCCGCGGCCAUGGCGCUCAAGCAGGGCGUCCUCAAUUUAUUGAGGGUGGCGAAGCGCAUUAAGCUGCCCUGCUCGUGCAAGGGCAAGCACUUCGACGACCUCGACGAGAGCAAGGUCGACGCGGCGCUCGAGGCCGUCGAGGCCGUCGCCGACGCCGGGCUGGGCCUCGCCUAGUUAUGUGUGACUAAGUG